AUGGCGGCUGGUGCUGGCGGUUCGUUCAUGGAGAGGGGAAUGGAGGACUACUUGGAGAAGAGAAUGCGUAACGACGUAAAAAAUGGCAUGCAAAACCUGAAUCCGAUCGGAAGGGCCUAUGGUUUUGGAAGUCAGCCACAACAGGAUUAUGGGGAGGUUGUCAGGAGUGACUAAAGUUUCUGGUCACAGUCUCCUUAAACUUCAGGAUAAGUAAACUCACGGUGGGGCACACACAGAUGAUCUCAGCUAAGUAAGAAGUAUAGCAGUUGUAAGUAACAACUUCUAUAUAAGUUCGUAAAGCGUACGAAAUUGGCAGUCCGCGGAGGCGAUAACUGUACGACCCUCUAAUCAAAGCAAGGAAUAAAUUGGCAGGACUACAACUACCCACCACAUCUGCGGAUAAUUCACUACUCAACCGAGGAGCUACCUGCAGCUAUUAGGGGGACAUGUAGGUAGAUUUUGGUUUAUUGACUCGCGCUCUUGGGCUACUGAAAAUACAAAGUGAUCUUGGACGACGACAUACUGGUAGUUCGAGUUUGAAUGGUUCUGGUAUUUGGUAGCCUGAAUUUGAUCACAAGGAUUGGGAUUCUCUUUUUGUUUUCCCUAUGAUCAAAAUGAGGCUACCACAUACCAGAGCCCUUCAGAGUUCUUUAAGUUCUUGAAGUCAACCUGAUCGCUACAAAGGUAAAAAAGAACUGCUCAACGAACCACUAUCUUCCAGGUUAAUGAAACUGUUUUUCGAGUUGCAGUGCUUCGUCUGCGCGCUCACUCUGUUCAACUCCUUUAUCACUGUCCUGUCGGCUUCCGAAUAUCCAGCGAAAUUUUUCCUUUUCGCGCUGCUGAACUGCCUCAUACUCCCACCAGCAGCGAUGUUUGUCUUCUACCAAGGUUACUUAAGGCCGAAAUAAGUACAUCUCUUGGUUCCUUGGUUGCUACAGCUACUUCUUCUACCUGGGCGGCACUCCCUACAAAAAUGGGCCGAAAUAUGGGGUCUCAUUGGCAAUUCAUUCCUAUUGUACAUGAACACGAUACCGCUACAUAGCUCCUCUAAGUUCCAGAGGCCUUGGAAUAUCGUCUUCCUCACCAGCACUCUUGAUCCUCUAAAUUACCGAGGCCUUGCAAUAUCGUCUUCCUCACUCUUGACGCAGUACAAGGUAG